AUGGCGAAGAAGAACAAGAAAUCCGCCGAGCACAAGGAGCGAGUAGCUGCCAAGCAGUCCAAGAAGACUGCCCAAAAAGAGAAAAAGUCCAAAGCCAAGGGCAAGGACGUGGAUAGUGAUGCCGAGGACGCUGACUUGGAUGCCAUCCUCGCACAAUAUGCUGAAGAGCAAGCCAAGUUUCUGAAGGUGACCGAGGUGCCAUCCGGUCCUCCAUCACCGAGGAGUUCCGCAACCAUUCUGGCAUCGCCCUCCAAUCGCAAUGAGAUCCUUUUGUUCGGCGGCGAGUACUUUGACGGAACUCACGCGUCGUUCUUUAACAAUCUUUUUGUGUAUCAAAUUGAUCGAGGCGAGUGGAAAGAGGUGACGAGUCCCAACAGCCCGCUCCCUCGCAGUGGACAUGCGUGGUGCCGCGGUGGUAACUCGGGAGGCGUGUAUUUGUUUGGAGGCGAGUUCUCAUCGCCCAAACAGGGUACAUUCUAUCAUUACAAUGACUUCUGGCAUCUGGAUCCGGCCACUCGAGAAUGGACUCGUCUUGAAACCAAGGGCAAGGGACCCCCAGCCAGAAGUGGCCAUCGGAUGACCUACUUCAAGAAUUAUAUCAUUCUCUUUGGAGGAUUCCAAGACACAUCCCAGCAGACCAAGUACCUCCAGGAUUUGUGGAUUUACGACUGCAACAAGUACACAUGGUUCAAUCCUGCAUUGACAACGGCCUCCCAGAAGCCCGACCCUCGCUCAUCCUUUUCAUUCCUGCCCCACGAGACUGGCGCGGUCAUCUACGGAGGAUACUCACGCGUGAAAGCCGCGACCAAUACAGGAGGAAAGCAAGGUAAAGGGGGCCCGCAGAAAAUGGCACUGAAACCCAUGGUUCAUCAAGAUACGUGGUUCUUGAGAAUCACGCCUCCAGAGUCAGAAUCAGCCGCGGCUUCGAACGGUCCAGCUGUUCGCUGGGAGCGCCGAAAAAAGCCUGCAAACACGCCCAACCCACCUCGAGUCGGCACCACAAUGGCUUACCACAAGGGUCGGGGCAUCAUGUUUGGAGGUGUCCAUGAUGUGGAGCUGACAGAGGAAGGCAUGGACAGUGAAUUCUUCGACACACUUUUUGCCUGGACCACAGAUCGAAACCGAUUCUUCCCACUGUCUCUCCGUCGUCCUCGUGCAGGUGGCAAGAAACAGCAGCCCAAUCAAGCACACAAGUCGCGCAAUCGUGCUCGGGCUGAUGAGGAGGAUCUUCUGCAAAAUCUCAAGGCUCUCGAAGCCAAGCAAGGACUGCGCGGCUCAGAUGACGAUGAAGACGACGAUUUCAUGCAGUCGGGUACGGCAAAGGCGGAGGAAGAACCGGUCGAGCCCUCGAAGCCUGCCAUUGUGCGGUUUGAGAUGCCGCACAGACGUUUCAAUGCUCAGCUGACUGUGCAGGAUGAUACACUCUUCAUCUACGGCGGAACAUUCGAGAAGGGUGACCGAGAAUUUACCUUCAAUGACAUGUACUCGAUCGAUCUCGUAAAGCUGGACGGCGUGAAAGAAUUGUUCUAUGUCGAACCCGCAAACUGGAACCUAUUGAACGAGGAAGACAGUGACGAGGAAAUGGAUGAGGAUGAAGAGGAAGAGGAAGACGAUGAAGUGGAAGACGAGGCUGGAGACGCAAUGUCUCUGGAUCCAUCCUCGCCAGCCCCCACUGAGCUCACCGUCCCAUCUGUCACUCAAGGCAUGGAGCAGCUUGAAGUCGAGGAGGAGCAGGAGGCAGAUCAACCUGCGGAUACCCGCCCGCAGCCUCGGCCCUUCGAGAGCCUACGCGAGUUCUUCAGUCGAUCCUCUGAAGAGUGGCAGAACAUUCUACUUGAGGCUCUCAGAUGGAAGGGACAGGCUGAAAAUAAAUCGGUCAAGGAGAUCCGGAAGCUGGCAUUUGACAUGGCCGAAGAGAAAUGGUGGGAUAGUCGUGAGGAAGUCAUGGCGCUUGAAGACGAACAGGAGGCUGCCGGUAUUGGAGAGGUUGUCAGCAUGCAAGACCGGGUUGAGAACGCUGGAGGCGCCGGUCGACGCCGUUGA